AUGCAAUCAUCAGCUUUAGUACAUCUCAAACAAUUCUUUUUACAAUUUGAUAUGUUUGGAUAGCCACCUGCAUUUAGAAUUUUGGGGAAAUAUAAAUAUAAUUCAACUUUGGGGGCACUUUUGACAAUGGGAACUAUAUUCUUUGCUCUAGCUUACUUGGCUGUAGGGAUCCAAGAAUUAAUAGCUAAAGAUUCUCCUAAUGUGAUUUCGUCAGAAAGACAAGUGGUCGAGACAUCGGUAUUUUUGCUAUAUAUUUAGCCAUUUAUUCUUAAUAGGGAUAACUUUACCAUCGCGAUCACCAUGGCCGAUCUCAAUAGUCAACCCUUGACAACCAUUAAUAAGUACUUUACGAUUUAACUGAAAAAUUGCCAAACCACUAGGAUUUAUAAUGAGACCACUCAGAUUUCGAAUGUUACGAGGAAGUAAACUAAAAUAUAAACUAGUUGCACCAUCCUGCCCUUGGAAGCAUGUACAAGAGAACACUUUUUAUCACAAACAUAAAUUGACUAUUUUUCCAGGAUUAGAUUGGGGUCAGUUUAAUGCAUACAAAAGGAUUAUUGGGAUAGCCAUCCACCUGUAAGUAAUGUUAUUUUAUUCUUACAUUAGGUAUUACAAGGGAUUAAGACGAGUCAGAUUUAUUCUUCUUUGACUGUGACUGUUUCAGUAUGUAAGAACUCAACCAAUAAGACCGAUUGCGCUCCAAUUGAAGAUAUUAAAAAAUAACUUAAUUCUGGCUUUUACGCCGUUCAUCUAAGUGAUUCCUUAUUGCAGAUGAACAGGGCAGUGAAUAUGUCUCUAGAUAUCAUAAACAUUUAAUACUAUACAUUUUCAAUUACUACCUCUAAAAAUAUAUUUUAGCAAUUUAAAGAGAUCGAAACAUAAACGGAUUCAGGAUUGGUAUUUGAGGACAUAUCUGAAUAGCAUGUGCUGAUUUAAGAUUCCCUAAGGGAAUCCACCGACUUAUACAACAAUGAAUAUUUAGUGUUACACAGCAUAAAUCUAAGCCCAAAAUAUAGCGAAUACCAAAGAUCAUACGUAAAAAUCCAAGCCAUUCUAAGCAGGGUGGGGGGCCUAUAUUAAAUGAUAUUUUUAUUAUUGGCUGCUUUUCUAAAGCCGUUAGUCCAAAUUAUGUUGGACAUAGAUAUGGCGAAUGAACUGUUUAAAUUUACUACUUACAAUAAUAACAAAGAUAAGUCAAAUGUAUCUGAUGAUAAUAAGGUGAUUGAUGCGUUGGCGGGAAUAGUUAGAAGCAGGAGGAGACUUUUAUCUCCCAGAGAUACUGGGAGAUUAAAUAGCGAACCUAAUCAAGAAGUUAUGAUUGUAAUGAAUAUUAGCUAAAUCAUUUUAGAAUGAAAGUUUGAAUAUCAUUUUAAAGAAGAAAAAUCGAAUAGAUCCAAGCAUUAGAUAGAUACUUUGGAUCUGUAUUGGAUGUGAUAGAAAAAAGAAAAAAAUGUUAAACAUAUCUAAAGAAAAAUAUAUGGAGAAAUUAGAUGUUAAAUUGAUAGUUUAGAAAUUAUUCGAGUUUGAUUAGCUAAAAGAUGUCAUUUUAACAGAAGAAUAGAAGAAAUUAUUUAAAUAUUUGCCUAAACCUAGCAUUCCCUAAGAUUUAGAACAAGCCAAAGUUUUAGAUUAGCAAAAGUAGAGUUAGUAAUUGCAAUCUAUUGCCAUUUAAGAGGCUUUUGAAGCAUAUGAAAAAGUGAUCUCUAUGGGAGGAAAAUCAGGUGGAGUUAAUUUAAAAUUAAUUUAAUCUUUAGACCCAGAAAUAUAAGCCCUUUUUUAAUCAAUUUAAAAGAGUUAAGCUAAUUAGAAUUAAUUUUUAAACGACAUUCCUUUGAAUCAAUCCAAGAUCAGAUUUGACGCUGGAGAAUUAGGAGAAUGCUAAUCAAUCUAUUAGGAAUGCCUCACUAUUCCUCAAAAGAUUUAUACUAAAAUUCCAAAAAGAAUGAAUAAAUAACAUGAAACAUAAUGA